AACGCCCCGAUAGCUCGGAAGACAAACUACAACCCCCGGGACAGCGCGAGAUCUCAGCGGAGCGGAGAGUGACUGAUCUCCGGCAGGAGGCGGGGCGGGUCCGGAACGACCGGGACAGCCUCCAGAAGGGGGCGUGGUCGUAGCUCGGGGCGUGGCCUCGGGGCUACAGGAAGAAGUCACCUGUUGAAUCGUUCUGUUCGCUCCCUUCCCAACCCCUGCAGCUAUCCCUAAGAGGGAAGCCGCAGACCACAAGCCUCCUCCGAAAAAGAGGUAAGGGGAGGUAGACAAGGGGCGGCGGCGGCGACUAGCUCCUACAUCCCCUAGGAGGGGCCCAACAGCUACUUUUUACCUGCUGAGUCAGGUGAGCCGUUCCAUGGGGGCGGGGACCAGCAUUUGAGAAAAGGGCAACGGCGUUGGAGGUAUUUAUUUGUUCGUUUUCAAAACUAAAUUUAGAGCUCUUCCGCUGCAGACCCAUUGACGAGCUGUGCCUGGGGCACUCUCGCGGCCUCGGGAGGAGAGAAGAACGCGGGCGACUGUUCGACAGCAAAGAAACGUCCCGUCUAAGCGUCCUCCCGUCCGCGUUUUUCCCUAGCCCCAAAAGGUUCAGCCACAUGGCUUCCGCGGUCUGGGGGAGUGCGCCCUGGUGGGGCCCGCCGCCCCCAGCCCCAGCCCGGCCGCUCACGGACAUCGACUUCUGCUCUGGGGCGCAGCUGCAGGAACUAACCCAGCUGAUCCAGGAGCUGGGUGUGCAGGAGAGCUGGAGUGACGCACCCAAGCCGGGACCAGACCUCCUCCGGGCCAAGGACUUUGUCUUCUCUUUGCUUGGUCUUGUUCACCGUCGGGACCCCCGCUUUCCUCCCCAAGCAGAACUCUUGCUGCUUCGUGGUGGGGUUCGCGAGGGCUCCCUGGAUCUGGGACCUGCACCCCUGGGUCCUUACGUCCGGGGACCUCAUUACGACGCCGGCUUUACACUCCUAGUGCCCGUGUUUUCGCUAGACGGCACUGGGCAGGAGCUGCAGCUGGACGUGGAGUCCUGUUACGCGUGGCUGUGCCUCCCAGAGCAGAUACGCGGAACCUCCAUCCGGGAGGCCUGGCAGGAUUGUCUAGGACCUCCAGUCCCAGGAGGACAUGAUUCCAUCCACCGAACCGAAAGCGAAGGAAGUCUCAAGGGCCGGCAAAUCUCCACGGACCAGCCGCACAGUUGUGUCACCGAACCUAAGCCAAACGGCUCUUUGGAAAAAUCAUCUAGUAACGUUCCGGGGCCGGAGCCGCCCGAGCAAGACGUAAUCCAUCUUGGCUUUUCCACCCCACUGAAAAACCUGAAUGGUGACGUCACGAAAGCAGCCGUCGUUAGCCCAGUCCCACAGCCGUUGGAGGACUGGGAGGCAUGGCCCACACUUUGCCCCGCCCAGGUGGCUGCGUGGUUCUUUGCUUCACUGGCCGCGGUCGCUGAGUCCCUGUUCCCGGUCCCGGGUGCCCCACGCUUGGUCCACGCAGCCCGCCACGCGGGGUUCACCACCGUCCUCCUGGCCACGCCGGGGCCCCCGCGCCGCGUCCUGCUCUUCGACCUCAUUCCUGUGGUGUCCGUGGCAGGCUGGCCCGAGGGUGCUCGGAGCCACUCGUGGGCCGGCCCGCUGGCCUCCGAGUCAUCAUCCUUCUACCUGGUGCCCGGUGGCCACACCGAGCGGCCGGGCGCCUCCGGCUGGCAGCUCUGCUUCGCCCGCCAGGAGCUGGCGCUCAAGGCGCGCAUACCCGCUCCGCUGCUGCAAGCGCACGCGGCCGCCCAGGCGCUGCUGCGCCCGCUGGUGGCCGGGACCCGGGCCGCGGCGCCCUACCUCCUGCGGACGCUGCUCUACUGGGCGUGCGAACGGCUGCCCGCGCUCUAUCUCGCGCGGCCCGAGAACGCGGGCGCCUGCUGCCUCGGGCUGCUGGAUGAGCUGGGCCGUGUGCUCGAGGCCGGGACACUGCCCCACUAUUUUCUGAGCGGCCAAAGGCUCCGUGCGGGGGAUGGCGCCGCUGCGCUGCUCGGGGCGUUGGCCCGGCUCCGCGGGGACCCAGCCCGGGCCCUGCGCACCGCGGUGGAGGAGGCCAAGGCUGCACGCAAGGGGGGCGGCUUAGCUGGCGUGGGAGGCGGGGCCCAUUAAAGACGCUGUUCCUUCGGGCGUGGAAAAGUGCUUCUGUGGGCCGGCGGGAUGUGGCGGGGGCCGCUAGCCCCUCGCCUGGGAGACACACUGAGCGCCCUGGGUCCGAAGUGCACAGCCUAGAAGGCCUCCUCGCGGGUUCCUCCCCAUCCCUGGCACAGGUCGUCCCAUUUCUGGCUUCUCCACUCCCCAGA